UGAGAUUCCAGCUUUGUGUGAGCAACCAGAUAAGGGAGCGAUCCUCUCAUAAUUUAAACGCAGAUGAUUCCCAUAAGCCAUGGGAAAUGCAUUAAAGUAGCAUUAUUCUUGCCAAAGAAAGUGAAAUAUUAGGGCUGGAUAGGCCAGCUGUUGAUCUUUGAAACAGCAUAAUACUUGGGGUGAAGAGAAUGAAGAAGAAAAUGUGCGAGCGCGGUAGAGCUCUUAACAGUAGCAACUUAGCUUUCGUGCUUGCGGUAUGGGCAAUAUAGGCUAGUUCUCGUGUAGUUGAACGAACUUUUGAUUGUUUUUUUAAAAUAUUUUGUCAAUUGUGUAGGUGUUUUAAAUCCUGAUUUUUAUUUUAGGAUAAACAAUGGAAGCCCUAGAGGGAAGCUUUGAAAUGAACUUCAAGCGAAGCCCAAGCAAAGUGUGGUGGGGCAGCGAAAGUGUGGAAUUUCGUGAGGUUUCCUCCAGUCCGGGCAGUCAAGAUUCGGGAUUUUCUGACACGGAAAGCAGCCCGAAUCAUCCAGAGAGAAACAGGAAAGUUAAUGGAUCAACGACGAAGGAAGACUGUACUGAAAAAAGCGCCGAAGUAAAUAACAAUGAAGACACCCCCAAGUUAACGUCGAGGUCAAUCAUAGCAAAAAACAUAUUUAAAGGAACCGAAAGCUGCAUCCCGGGCCAAGACAAUCCGAAUCUCAACAGUAAUUACAAGGAGAAGUCCACUCCGGUUAAGAAAAACAUUGAACAGCGACUGAUCAAAAGCGAGAGAAGAAAUUCUCCGCUUGCCCCAAAAAAGUUCUCCACCGAAAGCGCACCAUUUACCGAACCAGCCAAACGAUACCGAUACGUAAAGCAUUCACCAAAAGUCAGCAGAAACCUCUUCACCAACAAAAACACCAAAGAAUGUCCCGACACAAACGCUAAUCAGUAUUCAAAGCUCACACCAUCAGCCAGCUCGCUUUCAAAUGCAGAACCAAAUGAAGAAGAAGAAACCAGUCGCCUAUCAGAAGGGCGCGAUUACGACACCAGCAGUGAAAUUUCGGGUACCAAAUCGCUUCCAUUGGCCGGAAAUCAUCGGGAAGUGGUACGUCCCUGUUUCCGAUCGGCUCCAGACUUACUGGACGGCUCACAAUCAUCUGAUCUGGAUGAUUCUGAGGCUGUGACUUCGUUCAACUCCACAUCGAGCGAGAGCGAGCUUGAGCAGCUUUUUCAAGAUCUAGAAGGAGCUGGAUAUACAUCGACACCAAAGGGUGGAUCUUCAGGUGCCAUGAAGCAGCGACGAAGAGAAAGAGACAGGCUGCAAGAGAGACUGAAGCUGCGAUACCAAAACCAGGAACGAGUGCCUCCAAUUCCGACUGAUGGGGUUACAGUGGACAAUAAAGCGGUCCUUCGUUGGUUGGAAGAUGCCAGAUUAUCACUGGAACAGGAAUGCACCAUCAGUCUUCAAUGCAAAUCGAUUUCAGCCGAACUGAACCAAAAAGUUAGCCAUCUAGCAGCUUGUGCCACUACCAUUUUGAGGGGUCUUUUGUCGCAUUCCAGGUGCAUUGAAAUGGAUUAUAGAAGCUUGAAUAGUGAAACAGCUCAGAUAAAUCCGUUGAUCCAGAGCCUGACCGGAAAUAUAAUGGACUUUCUAAAAACACACACUCUGCAAGUGAGCCACCAAGUACAGAGACUGUACAAUCAGAUCAGAAGUGUCCAAUCGGGAGAUGCUCUUAAGCUCCUAUCGGAGCUUUUCGUCCAAUGGGAAUCGAUCCAAGGCCGGGUUCUAACCGACGAAGUGAAGAAACUGGUUGCUAAGUUGGAAGAUCCCACUUCCGAUAUUGACCUGCGUUCAACCUUAACUGGGAUUACUUCGGUUACAUUGAGAAAUCCAGACUUGAUACAACAUUUCGUCAAGGCAGAUAUCAUUCCGAUUUUGCUAAUACUCUGCGAAAAAUGCGACGGAUCCUCGCUGAGAACUCUGAUUUUGAGAGCCUUGAGCACAAUGUGCACCAACUCAUCAGCAAUUAGGCACUUUGAGAAAUUUUCGGGAAUUCAAAUAAUCGCUGAGACCUUAGAGGAGGAAUCAAGGCCAGAACCGGAGCGAAGCGAAGCUGUGGCCCUUUUGGCCCAAGUGACCGCUCCAUGGCUGGAAGAUAAUCAUUCGAUUAAAGGAUUGCAGGAAUAUUCGCAAAAUCUCGUCCAAUCGCUCACCAAGUUGUCAGUGGCAACUAGGUGCUGCCAGAAUCUGUUGCUAUGUGCUGCUGCAUUGGCAAACCUCAGCUCGAUGGACAAUAAAUGCAUCAAACAUUUGAUUCAAAGUGAAACUGCACCAACUUUGCUUUCAGCCGUCAGAAAUAGAGGGCCCUUGGUCAGUGUAAUAUUGCUGGAACAAGUAGCCACUUUGAUCGCUAACAUGGCAGCUAUGGAAGGAGCAAGAGAAAACUUGACCUCAUUUGAGGCUCCAGUGGCACUUUUACACUUUCUGAAGUCGGCAAGAAUUCCGCAAAAUGAAGAUGUGGAGCGACGGCUACAGCAAAAAAGCGUCAUAGCUCUAUCAAGGCUGUGUGGAGAUGUUGAGGCCGCAAAGCAAGUUGUGGAAAAUGGAGGCUUAACUCGGCUAGUUCAACUAUGCAGGGAAAGGGAUGCGCGAUAUAACAGUGAUGCUGUGUUAGUUGCAACUUUGGCUACUUUCAGAAAAAUAGCUGAAGCAUGCGGCAGAGAUGUGUUCAACGACCAAGACUGCCAGGAGCUUGUGGAGCCGAAACUAUUAGACUCAUUUUUAGCAUACUCUGCUCAAAAUGAAAGCUAUGUGUGAAUUAUACAUAUAAUGAUCAUUAUAUCACCGUGUAGAGGAGUUUAGAGUAAAAUGCUUUGUUGCUAAGAACCCCAAAGGACUUUCUCGUUUAGGUAUCACGAUUACGUAUUUGCUUUUUCAUAUAUUUUAUUAAAUGAACAAUAUCAGUUGAAAUUUAUUAAAAAGGAG